AUGCCUCUCUCCUCCGUCGCUUCCCAUUCCGACGCCUCCGAUUCUGUUGCCUCCGGCGAGAUCAUGCUCUUUGGAGUCAGGGUAGUGGUGGACUCCAUGAGGAAGAGCGUUAGCAUGAAUAACCUUUCCCAGUACGAGCAUCCCCGCGAUACCGCCGCCAUCAAAGAUGAUGCCGGAUACGCCUCCGCCGACGACGCUGCUCCGAUCAACUCCGGCAAAAACCGCGACCGCAAGCGAGGGAUUCCAUGGACGGAGGAGGAACACAAGCUGUUCUUGGUGGGGUUGCAGAAAGUGGGGAAAGGUGACUGGAGAGGAAUCUCAAGGAACUAUGUCAAGACACGGACACCAACUCAGGUUGCUAGCCAUGCGCAAAAAUAUUUUCUCCGCCGCGCCAACCUCAAUCGCCGUCGACGUAGAUCCAGCCUCUUUGACAUCACCACCGAAUCGGUAACUUGUGUUAUGAUAAAGUUUGAUGUUACUUUUGUGGCAUGGAAUUGGGUGCUCUGA